AAAUGUCAUCGUAAGCUGUGUCGUUCUGCGUUCGAUUUGUUUAUUUUGAUUCCUUCAUAUAAAUUUGUUUAUGAGUUGCGGGAGGAUUUACGGUUAUUAGUGUAAAUCCACACUUGUCAGGCGUACCCUGAGAAAGAAUGGAGCAACAGAAUGCGACAUCCGCGCAGAAAGGAGAUCUCGAAGUAACCGGAGUAUCAAGAAGCGGUCGUGUGAGAAAAAAAUCUUCAAAACUAAUGGAUUUUCAAUCACCUGAUGAGAUUGAGACUCGCGCAAAGAAAGCUACACCUGCAAGAAAUCAUCCAAUGUCCAAAAGUCAACACCAUCAACCGCCAUCCUCUCCAACGAUUCCAUCUCCACCAUACACACAACAUAUUGUGUCUUCUGGUCAUGGCAAAGAUAACGACAAUGAUGACGAUGAAUUAAUGAAUCAAAUGGAUUUUCACGAGGAACAGGAAGAUAGUGAAGAAAUGGAUUCGGAUGAGGAUGAAGACAUGGAUGAGUUAGCAGGAGGUGCAGAGAAUGAGGAAGCGUCCGAGAACUAUGUUGAUCCAACUGUAAGGCGGAGUAUUUAUAUGUCAGAGAAAUCGAAUAAGAAGAAGGUCAUGAAGGAUGGGAAGAUGGUGUACGGUAAAGCUCAACGGAAAGACAAAGGCAAAACUCGAUUUACAGCUUAUAUGCUGUGGGCCCGCGAUGCUCGAAAACAGAUGCUGCAACAGCAGCCUGAUUUAGAUUUCGGGAGCAUAUCACGUCGUUUAGGUGAAAUGUGGGCUAAUGUCCCAAUGAGUGAGAAGUUAAACUGGAAGCGUCGAUUAAAACGUUACAUAUCAAAACCUAAAACAGCCGAGAAGAAAGACGCAGGAAGCGCCGCAUCGAAGUUUCUAAACAAAGGUCAAAAUGUUGGAAGUAAUUCAUUUGGAAACAAUGCCACGAAUAGACUUGCUAGUCUGCCUACCAGCGGUGGUGGCGAAUCGAAUCUUGUCACCGUUGGUAGCAAUCGAACGAAAAAGUAUUCGCAAAGUGAAUUUUCCAACGAUCAUUCAGACCAACAUAGUCAAGCUCAAGGCAAAAAGUCAAGUAUGCCAGCGAAUAAAGUUAGCCCCACACAGGUUGGUGGAUACAAAGUGACAGGUAUUGAACCGGUCGAUGUGGCGGCUCAUUUGAAACUUUUGGGUGAUAGUUUGACUAUAAUCGGCGAGAGACUGAAAGAACAUGAAGGACAAAUUACUGUAUCCGGAAGUUUAUCUGUGUUAUUAGACAGUUUAUUGUGUUCGCUGGGACCGUUGAUGUGCUUAACCACUCAGAUUCCUGGUUUCAGUGAAAGAAAUCAACAUCUUCGAGACACUUUGCAUAAUACUCUAGAUAAUAUUGCGUAUGUUAUGCCAGGAUUGUAGGUUUAGUCGUAGUGUUAAUGCAGUCAUUUAAAAUAAGAAGAAAAAAAUAAAUAAAAAGAAUUGACUUGAA